CCCCCCACGCUGGUUUACGCACGCCCCAGCAUCAUUCUUCAGUGCGUCUGUCGCCUUGUCCUCUUUCCACGGAGUAAGGCGGUUGUAAUAUGCAACAAGACGUAUGUUUUUGACUUUUAGUUUGUUGAACGUUUGCGGUCCGCCCUUAUGGUUAAAUGUUAUAAACGAGUAACGACAACAUGCGGUGUCCUUAAUUUUAGGCGCUUUUUCAGGGCAAACACUGUCAGUUGACAUUUUUCUUGUUAGAAGAGGACAUUGCACUAGGAUCAUAAUGGACGAAACGCAGAAACCCGCCGAAGUAGGCUAUUCUGAAAUUCGUACCAAGGGACUUGGACUGAAAUGUGCGAGCCGAAUCUCAACACAGUACAGUUAAGGAUAGCUUGCUAAAUGCGUCUUCUCGUCGACUCUCCAAGAACAAUGAGCAGCGGCUCAAGCAACUUUUUACUUGUCCCUAUACCGGAGUAUCCCGUUCUGGACUGCGUGCCCAACAAAAACGUUAAACUUGUUGUUCUGGGUGCUAGUAACGUUGGGAAAACAGCUUUGAUUGUGAGAUUUCUGACCAAGAGAUUCAUUGGUGACUAUGAAGCAAAUACAGGAGCCCUGUAUUCAAGAAAAAUUAAUCUAGAUGGAGAGCAGGUAUCCUUACAGAUUCAGGACACUCCUUGUGUUGCACUACAGGAUGAUGCAGAGGGCCUGUACUGUCAGGAGCAGAUCAACCGCUCAAUCUACUGGGCAGAUGGCUAUGUGCUGGUCUUCUCCAUCACGGACCACAGCAGCUACCGUACCAUCCAGCCAUUGUACCAGCACGUGCGCCGCAUCCAUCCCAGCGGCAACAUUCCCAUCAUACUGGUGGGCAACAAGAGCGACCUCCUGCGGGCACGGCAAGUUCCAGCCGGCGAGGGGGAGGCGCUGGCCACCGAGCUGGGCGGGGCCUACUUUGAGGCUUCCGCGCGGGAGAAUCACGAGGGGGUGCACGCCGCCUUCCUGCACCUGUGCCAGGAAGUGAGUCGAGCGCUGGGCGGCAGCAACGGGGAAAAGAGGCGGGCCGGGCUCCAUCUGGCCCGGCCCAAAUCACCCAACAUGCAGGAGCUGAAGAGGAGGUUCAGGCAGGUCCUCUCCUCUAAGGUCAAAUCCUCCACCACCCUGUGACGUUACCUCCAGGUGGGAGAGGAGCUGCUUUGAGAAAACUGGAUUCAGAGAAACCUGAGGGGGCAAACGGUAUGUGUCACUGGGCCACGCCUGUCGCUGUAUGUGCAGGUCUAAUGAGGAAUCUGUCUGGAAGUGCAGACAAGUGAGAACAACUGUCUGGAGAGACAGAUAGGCAAUGGUCUGACAGACAGUUUUUUUCCAGUGGUCCAUACACACCAAUGUAUUUCUGGAUUGGGAGCUACUGCCUUCAUUAUUCAGUAUAAUUUUAGUUCAUCUCUCCAACUCCCUGGGACACAGAGAAAGUCAGUAUCUCCUCCCUUCCCCAUAUGGAGUUUUGGUUUAUUUCUUAAUGAACUGCCAUAUAUUUUUGAUUCAGGUUAAGUAAAGAAUUAGAAGCAGACAAGAACUCACACUCAAACUACAGGAUAUGCUAUUAAUGUAGUCUCAAAGGGACUCUUUAGAAGGGAAAGUAUCAUGCACAGUUUAAUGCUCCCAAGUGCAUUUUUUUGGCUACAAGACAAAGACAACAUUUUGACCAAGUAUGUCCUCAUCACAUUGAAACUUUACUUAAGCAUAUCUCUGACCUCAUUUUAAUGACAACUAGAACAACAUGUAGUGCCUAAUAUGGACAAACAUUAAACUGUGAAAAACAGAAAUAAUUAAACUUUUGUCAUUCAGUAAACCACAAUUUGGUUCUAUAGAUUGAAUAAUUUCUCAUUUUGGCAUGUGCUUUUAAGUUAGGAAUGUUGUAUCAAUGUGUAUAAACCACAGAAGGAGAUCCAUUAGAAAAUGAUCAAUUAUAGUACUUUUGUCAAUUAUAAUUCACAGUAAAUAUACAAUAUACAUGUAUACAGUGCAGAACAUAUGGGACAGCCUGUGUAGACUCUUCCAUUGUUUCUUUUGAACAUUCUUUGGGAUCGCAAUGCUUUAGUAAUAUGUGACAUGGACACAUACUGUCUGUGAAAUAGACAAAAGUGCCUGCUUUCUAAACACCCUGCGUGGCUAGAUACCAUCAGUCAGGGCUUUCUUAUUCUUACAUAAACUCUGGCAUAAUUAAAUAAAUAAAUGAUUUAAACAAUUAAUUUCUGAAGUGAGACUACAGGGACAUAUGUCAUAUCGCUGGAGUUUUUUUAAUCCUUCAUGUAUAAAUUUAGGCCUUUUCGCCAAUGAACGGUCUGUUACGUACUCUACAUACAGUCCACCAAGACAGUGGGCACACAAACCCAUGUAGUUUUUUUCCACUUGCUGUUUAUGGAUCAUUUAAUGGUGCUCCUUUCCACAAGGUAUGAGAAUUUGCAUAUUCUUUGCAUCAUUAAAAAUCUUGUGUAUAAAUAUUUCAGUUUGGUACAUAAAUAAAAAUGUGCCUUAUCCUUCAAAUACUGUCACUACGUUAUAGAUCUAUGACUAAUGAAGUUUGUUCAGAACACCUUUCUACUUCCCUGUAAUAAAAUUAAUUGUUCUCAUUUCCUGAAUAGUUGCAGUUUUGGAGAUACAAGUUUUUAUGAUCCUGGCAAUAUGCAUGUUUAUUUAAAUUAUGCUGGAUUUCUAUAUUAAAGAAUAAGAAUGUGCCUGGAAAAAUUGAAAUAACAGUCAUAUAGUAAUGGUGAAAUUAGUAUGUGUAUUUACCCCCUGGGCUAUGAUAAAUUGACACCAGCUUGGCCAUCUGAACUGUUAUGUUGUACUUCUUCCGAAGUCUAUUUUCUAUCUGUUUUAAACCUCAGGGAAAUAAACCAACCUUGAUUCCA